UUCAACUUUGAUCUUCACGUUUUCCAAAGUUUGAUCAGUUUAUGAAUUAAUUGCCUAAAAAUACAUCAUCAUUUUACAACAUGAUGGGGUUGGUUUUUUUUCUAGCCUUAUCUUGAUUUUUCCAACUUUUGGAUACGUUACAUUUUGAUGAUAAAUUUAUUUAUUUUGUAUUUCAACGUUAAUUUCAGCAAGUCAAUUUGGCUGAAGGUGGUAUCUUGAUCUGAUCAAAAAAGGAUUUUUGCUGAAUUUUUAUUGGGUUUUUAUCCUAAAAAAUCUAAUAGAAAUUCAGCAUUUCUCUUGUUGAAAACAAAGGUGGAAACCCCAUUUUGUAAAAGCUCAAAAAUUGCAAUAUUGUUAGGUCCUUAUUUUGUUGAAGUUUUUGUAACUCAUAAAGAUAAAUGGAUCAAUUCAGGCAGAUUGGUGAGGUAGUUGGGAGUUUAAAGGCUCUAAUGGUGUUGAAACAUGAUAUUCAAAUCAAUCAAAAGCAAUGUUGUUUCCUAUUAGAUAUGUAUAUUCAAGCUUUUGAUACAAUUUCUGAGGAAAUCAAACAUAAUUUAAGGUUAAAUGAGAGGAAUACAAAAUGGAAAGCUCUUGAGCAACCAAUGAAAGAGCUUCAUAGGAUUUUUAAGGAAGGCGAAUCGUAUAUAAAAUAUUGUUUGGAUGUGAAAGAUUGGUGGGGAAAAGCGAUAAGUCUUCAUAUGAACAAAGAUUGUGUUGAGUUUCAUAUUCAUAACUUGCUUUGUUGUUUUCCUGUUGUCAUUGAGGCGAUUGAGACGGCUGCAGAAAUCUCAGGAUUCGACGAGGAGGAAAUGCAGAAGAGGAGAUCUGCAGUUAUGAAGAAAUAUGAUAGGGAAUUGAUCGAUCCGAGGUUUUUUCAGUGGAUGUUUGGGAAACAGUAUUUAGUUACGCGAGAAAUAUGUAGCCGGUUGGAGAGUUCUUGGAAAGAAGAUAGAUGGUUGCUUGUUGAAAACAUAAGGCAAAAGAAAAAUGCAGUUGCACCAGAUACUUUGUUGAAGCACGAGCAAAGGAUCGCAGAAUUCUUGCUAAGGAAAUUAGAUGGUGUUGAACAAAGUAACAAGAUAUUGUUACCUAGUUCAAUCUUAGUUGGAUCGAACGAUUAUCAUGUGAAGAGACGUUUAGGGUCGUGGGGCGGACAUGUUAAGGAGAUACAAUGGUUAGGCGAAAAUUUUGCUCUGAGGAACUUUUUUGGAGAUGUUGAACCGUUGCAUGCUGAGAUUUCUUUAGUGUUUUCGCUUUCACAUCCAAACAUAUUGCAAUAUCAUUGUGGUUUUUAUGAUGAAGAAAGGAAAGAAGGGUACCUUGUUAUGGAGCUAAUGAAUGAUACUCUAGCGACGUAUAUAAAGGAGCAUUCUGGUCAGAGGAAAAGACCGCCUUUUUCUACGUCUGCUGCAGUUGAUAUUAUGCUUCAGAUUGCACGAGGGAUGGAGUAUUUGCACGCGAGAAAGAUCUAUCACGGAGAAUUAAACCCGUCUCAUGUCCUUCUUAAAGCGAGGAAUUCCUCAGCAGAGAGCUAUUUUCAUGCGAAACUCAAAGGCUUUGGUUUAACUUCGAUUAAAAUUACUUACAAAACUGUCAACCACAACGCGGCUGACUCUAUCAUAUGGUAUGCCCCGGAAGUUCUAGCUGAACAUGAAAAGCCGGGAACCAAAUGCACAUACAAGUAUACGGAGAAAGCUGAUGUCUAUAGCUUCGGAAUGAUUUGCUUUCAAAUUUUAACGGGCAAAGUUCCAUUCGAUGAAGGACAUUUGCAAGGCGAGAAAGUGGUCCGAAAUAUCAGAGCAGGGGAAAGGCCACUCUUUCCGUAUCCUUCACCUAAAUACCUUGUGAACUUAACCAGACGAUGCUGGCAUACGAACCCAAAUCUUCGCCCACGUUUCUCUUCUCUGUGCAGGAUCUUGCAUUAUAUCAAGAAAGUUCUUGUCAUAAAUCCGGAACAUGGCCAGCCUGAAACUGCUCCUCCACUUGUAGACUAUUGUGAUAUCGAGGGUGGCUACUCGAAGAAGUUUCCUGAAUACGAAAGCAUGUGUUUGACACCUGUAUCACAGAUUCCUUUCCAGAUGUUUGCUUACCGGCUGAUUGAAAAAGAGAAAAUUUCUGGAAAAAACUGGGAUUCAUCAAAUGAUGGAUUUUCAGUCCAUAGGCGAGCAUCGAUGCUGAGUGAUGACGGGCAUUUGGCUGCGAUGGAUGAUCUCUUUCUUGCACCGAGCGAUGGAAGGUCAGUUUGCUCAGAGAUAAUUGACAGGAAAGAUUCAAGAUUGUUUGAUCAGAGAUCAGCUAUCUCUGAAAUACCACAUAGAAAGCUUUUCUUAUUCGAUCAAGCAUCAGUUGGCUCUGAGAGUCCGGACAGGAGAUUCUCGUCUGUAGCAGCAGACGAAAAGUUUUUCUUUGCUGAUAGUCCAGAUAGGAAAGUACUAUCAACACCAGUAGUUGAUAGGUCACCACGUAUCGACACACUGGAGAAAAAGAUCAUCUCAUCAAUGAGCAAGAACCAAAGACUGAGAUUUUCGGACAAUCAGGAGAAGGUAAUGUCUCCAAAAGCAGGCGACGAAAAACCUACAGCAAAUGUUGCAGCUGAACAAAAUUUAGUAUCUCCUCGGACUUCAGAGAAGAUAAUAUCAGCUGAGCAAAAUUUAGUAUCUCCUCGGACUUCAGAUAAGAAAAUUUCAUCUGAUGAUCAGAAACUAACU